CCGCCCCGCGCCCGUCGCUCCCGGCGCCGGCCGGGUCUGUCCGCGUGUGCACGCGGGCGUGUGCGAUGGGGUGAUCCGAGUCGGCCUCUCGGGGGGGACGCCCUCGGGCCCCGCGGCCGCCGGGCUCAAAGGGGCCGCGCUCCGGAAGGGCCGAGUGCCUUGCGCAAGUGUGAAGUGGCCCUGGAGCCGCUUGCUCAGGCGGGGGGCCCCCAGAGUCAACAUUUGCCCGGAGCUCGCCGCCGCUCUUGCUAACAUUAAAAAAAAAAUCAAAGGGCGGUGUGCAAACAGGCCUCUUCUUAAAGAGAGCCGCGCUCGACCCGGGCCCGCCGCCCGGACCCGCGCCCGCCCGCCAUGGGCGCAGAGUGCAGGUCCCCAUGGCUGCUGCUGGCUCCUCUGCUGCCGUCCACGGCGCCCCCGGCCCCCUCCCCGCCCUGCUGCCUCUGCCCCGAGGGCGCGCAUCGCUUCCUGUGGAUCCGGAACCUGGUCCCCGAGUUCGGCGUCUCCAGCUCACACGUCCGGGUGCUCUCCUCGCCUGCCGAGUUCUUCGAGCUCAUGAAGGGGCAGAUAAAGGCAGCCAGGAGACGCGUGGUGAUGGCGUCGCUCUACCUGGGGACGGGGCCUCUGGAACAGGAGCUGGUGGACUGCCUGGAGAGGGCGCUCCAGGACGCCGACCUCAAGGUCUCCAUCCUGCUGGACUUCACGCGCGGCUCCAGAGGGAGGAGGAACUCGCGCACGAUGCUGCUGCCGCUCCUGCAGCGCUUCCCUGAGCGCGUGCGCGUGUCGCUGUUCCACACGCCCCACCUGCGCGGGCUGCUGCGGCUGCUGCUCCCCGAGCGCUUCAACGAGACCAUCGGGCUGCAGCACAUCAAGGUCUACGUGUUCGACAGCAGCCUGGUCCUCAGCGGAGCCAACCUGAGCGACUCGUACUUCACCAACCGCCAGGACCGCUACGUCUUCCUGCGCGACUGCCCGGAGCUGGCCGACUUCUUCUCGGAGCUGGUGGACGCCGUGGGGGACGUGUCCUUCCAGCUGCAGGGGGACGACACGGUGCAGGUGGUGGACGGGAUGGUGCACCCGUACGAAGGUGACCGGGCUGCGUACUGCAAGGCGGCCCACGACCGAGUGAUGGGUGUGAUCGACCAGGCCCGCGCCCGCCAGCAGCGGCUGCAUGCACAGACCUUCCACGGAGACGCGCGCGUGGCCCGAGAGGACGCCGCGGCCGCAGGGGACCGGAACCGCGCCCCGGACACUUGGAUCUACCCUCUCGUCCAGAUGAAGCCCUUUGCCAUCCAGACAGACGAGCUGGUCACCGCCAGCCUGCUGACCGAGGCAGAGCGCGGGGCCCGGGUCUACCUCACCACUGGCUACUUCAACCUCACCCAGGCCUACAUGGACCUGGUGCUGGGGGCGCGGGCUGACUACCGCAUCCUGCUGGCCUCCCCCGAGGUGAACGGCUUCUUCGGGGCCAAGGGCGUGGCAGGCGCCAUCCCCGCAGCCUACGUGUACAUCGAGCGGCAGUUCUACCGAGCCGUGUGCAGCCUGGGCCAGCAGGAGCGCGUGCAGCUGCAGGAGUACUGGCGCCCGGGCUGGACCUUCCACGCCAAAGGCCUCUGGCUGUACGCGCCGGGCAGCAGCCUGCCGUGCCUCACCCUGAUCGGCUCUCCUAAUUUUGGGUACAGGUCGGUUCACCGGGACCUGGAGGCCCAGAUUGCCAUCGUCACGGAGAGCCCGGCGCUGCAGCGGGAGCUGCACCAGGAGCAGGAGCGGCUGUACCUGAGGUCGGGGCUGGUGUCUGCCGCCACCUUUGAGCAGCCCAGCCGGCAGGUGAAGCUGUGGGUGAAGCUGGUGACGCCGCUGAUCAAGAACUUCUUCUGAGGCCCAGGCAGGGACGGCCCUCACGAAGAUGACGGGCACGGCCGGGGUCAGCUCCUUCAGCCGCGCCUCGGCGAGCACGCCGCUCUGGAUGUCCCAGCGGGCCCCUGCGGGCAUGGCGGGCGCAGCCUCAGCGCAUGCCAGGGACGGGCAGUGGCGGCCCAGGCUGGACACACAGGGAUGGUGCCGGGGACGGCUGGCCGCCGGGCCGGGCCCCGCUCCCGAGGGCACAGGCAGCCCCCACUCGGCAUGUCCCGUUGGCACCUGCGCCCCUGCCCGCUGCUGCUUCCGCCUGUGACUCCAAAUAAACCCGAGACUGACACUGCC